AUGCAGUUUUCAUUCAUAGAAAACAAAGAUUUCAAUUAUUUUUACGACGUUUAUCCUAGUAUUCACGAAUUAAACAAAGUAAAUACAAACAAAUCUGUUGUUAUCGAGAAUAUUAUUGAAUCCACUGCAUUUGAAUACAUUGAUCGAAUUAUUUCAUUUAAUUUGACUUUCGAAAAACCAAGAACAGGUCUAUUAUAUGGUUUUCUUAAGAAUACAGAGUAUAUAAAUAACUCAGAUUACUUUAAUCGAAUCGAUCUCGUUCCUAAAUAUCCAGAUAAGAGUUUUAUUGAUUUACUUAACAAUUUCCAUGGAAAAAUCGCAAUCUACAAAGAUGCAUAUGCUACCAGUUUUGGUGAAUUUGCCAUUGGUAACACAGUUAUUCGUCCACCAGAUGAUUCAGGUCCUCAAUGGAUCAGAAUGUUUUGUAAUGGGAGUGUUGUUUUAGAGUGUGACAAAGCAUGCGUAUUUGGUCACGGCAACAUGGGUAAUUUCGGACAUUUCAUCAAUGAUUACUUAUGUCCAUUAGUUCUUCUUCCAAAUGAUUAUUUACGCGAUUGUGUUGUUGUCCUUAGUCACCGAUGUGGAAGUUAUGCAAGAGAAUUCUUAGAAUGUCUUGAUGUUCGACAGUACUUUUUUGUUGGAUUUGAUGAAUGGGUUUUUGCUAAACGAUUGGCUGUUUGCAUUGAAGGUCGCCCACAUAACAUGCAUUUCGGAGUUCCUGUUCAGAAUUUGCAUGAUAAACUGACGAAUCAUUUUAAAUUGUUCAACAUUGUUCCAUCUCAGUAUGUAAUAUUGAACAGGGCACAUAAUACAGACAGAAGCCUUGAAAACUUUGAUGAACUCACAGACAUGAUAAAACUAAAAUUUCCAACAGUCAAAUUUCUUUUUUUAUAUGAUCAAACUGGCUCUAUUUCAUCAUAUGCAAGGUUUUUCUCCACUAUUAAGUUCUUGUUCACUACAUCAGGAAGUAAUUGCCAUAAAUGUAUUUUCAUGAGACCAAGAACAGUUUUUGUUUGCUGCAGCAUCAUCAUGAUGGACUUUGCAGCAUGGGAAACAAUUUUGUCAUGUGACAUCGCACUUGUUGUUUUCAAUCACAGAGUUGUUCCAUUGACAGGUCCAUUCUCAUGUGACAUUGAUAUUUCAAUUCGUGCUAUCAAAUCAGGUAUUGUUAAAUUAGUUAUUUGUUAUUAUAGUAUUAGUUUAUACAACUUUUUGUACCAUGAUAUCAUUCUAUGCAAUUCGAUCGGAUGGAAAGCUGUUCAUUUCUUGAAAGCAUAUAGGACCACUAGCAUAAUUCAAAAACCAAUGGGUUUUGGUCCUAAUACAGUUAAAAAUUCUUACUUAGAUAGAUUAGAAAAAACUUAUGGAUAA